AUGGAUCACCCAGUGUAUCAUGGAGCUAUAUCUCGGCAAAAAUGUGAAGAGCUGCUGGACAAAAAAGGAAAGGAUGGGUCAUAUCUUAUUAGGGACAGUGAAACCAUUCAAGGAGCACUCUGCUUAUGUGUAUACAAGAAGAAGGUGGUCUACACUUAUAGAAUUCUACAAGGCCAUAAUGGAUAUUACACUUUACAGACAAGUUCAGGAGUAGAGGAGAGGUUUUUCAAAACACUGCAGGAGCUUAUCAGCCACUAUAAGAGGAAAAACCAAGGUCUGGCCAUACAUUUGCGUCAUUCUGUUAAAAGGAAAACACAGGUGCCAAUUUCUUGUGACCCUGAUGACAGCCCCGAUUAUGAAAAUGUUGAAGAUUCAGACUACGUUGUUGUCCUGCCGUCAUGA